AUGUACUUGGUGAUUCUGAUUCUAAAGGAGCGGGGUGGCUGCUACCAGGACAGCCGUAGCAUCAACUCCGACAGCCUCAGUGUCCAGGGAGGGGCCUCGGCCCGCCAGAGCAGCCCAGGAGGAGAGAGGUUUCUGGGCCGAUCCACCAAGGCCAAGGGGGGCGACAGCAGCCAGACCCGGGACUCCUGCGACUUCUCCAACUGCAGCGACGACAACACCGAGGCGGACGACAACACGGAGGAGUAUAACAGCAACCUGUUCGAUAUCGUCUGCGAGUCCUCAGCCACGACGGACGAGGAUGGAGACAUGGACUACGAGCCUCAUCACAGACCCAGGAAGAGGGGUCCCCCUGGGGGGUCUGAGUCGGUGAAGAGGAUUAAGCAGGAGACUGCUGAGGACACAGGGCCUAUAGCCCAGCUAGCAGCAGCACCAGCAGUCUCCCAGUCCCCAAAGCCUGAUAACUCCCACCAUGCCUUGCCACACAAACCCUCCCAGCUGGACACUUUGGUUGGUGGUGUGUCGUCGUCUCUGCUGGGAGGGCGCUCCUUUCCUCAAAAACCUCUCUCCAGCUCUGUCUCCAAACCUCCCAUGAUGAGCACUGGUUCUCCCAGACACCACGACCCGUCCUCGUUGUCGACCCAGGCCCUGAGCACCCUCCCUGGGGCAGGUAGUGAGUUGAUGGAGGGUUUGGCCCCGGAGGACCUGCUGAAGCCUGGAGGAUCCGAGGGGCCGUUUGGGUACCUGACUCCCUCCUCCCCCAGUGGGAUGAAAGCUGAACUGGACCUCCUGGGAGCAGAGACCAAAGGAGAGGCUACAGGUACAGUUAACAUCCCUCUUUCUAACUCCCUGUAA